GGGGGAGGGUGGUGCCUUGGAGCCUUUGUGAGGUCAGCGCCACACCCACUGGCCUCACAUCCUCUCACUGCCCAGGCUGCCUCCCUCCUAGUCCAGAGAGACAGGAGUGGGCGAUGGGUUCCCGCUGUGCCAAGCUCAGCACCGGCCACGGCCCGGCCCAGAACACGGGUCACAGCCGUGGCCACGAGUCCUCCAUGAAGAAACUCGUGGCCUGUGUGAGUCAAGACAACUUCUCCCUGUCAUCAGAGGGUGAGGAAGAGGAGGAGGAUGAGGAAGAUGAGGAGGAGGAAGAUGAUGAUGAGGAAGAUGAGGAGGAGGAGCAGAUCCCGGUGAAAGGCAAGCUGCUGCUGCUGGAGCCCGAAAAGCAAGAUGGUGCUGAGGAUGCUGUGGCCCAGCCAAGCCCGGAGCCCAAGCAGAAGCACUCCUGACCCAUCAAGGCCUGCCCGGCAGUGGGUGCCCAUUGCCAUGCCAGAGGAAGAGGACAUUCAGAAAAGAAUAAAGA